CGUGCUGGCCACGUUCCCGCGAGUGUGGCAGUUGAUUGUGAUACGAGGUUGAUGUUUUAAGACUGAAAAAGUCAAGUCCUCAGCCAAUAAGACUUGGUUUUGGCCCACGACAACAAGACAAAUCCAAAGAUAAAAGGCCUAGCCCUCGCCUUGCAAACAUUUCAAACACCUUCCUUUUCCUCUGCCCUCCCUCCCUUCCCUAUCCUUGUUUGGACGAGAAGGAAUAGGAUGGAAAGGAAAACCACCUUUGAGCUUCCUCCUGGUUUCAGGUUCCACCCCACAGAUGAAGAACUGAUCGUGUAUUACCUCAAAAACCAGGCCAAAUCAAGGCCAUGCCCUGUUUCAAUAAUCUCAGAAGUUGAUAUAUACAAAUUUGAUCCAUGGCAAUUGCCUGACAAAGCAGAAUUUGGUGAAAGUGAAUGGUACUUCUUCAGCCCUCGAGACAGGAAGUAUCCUAAUGGGGUUCGUCCUAAUAGGGCAACAGUCUCUGGGUACUGGAAGGCUACCGGGACAGACAAAGCCAUAUAUAGUGGCUUUAAAAACGUUGGGGUGAAGAAAGCUCUUGUUUUUUAUGAGGGCAGGCCACCAAAGGGAAUCAAGACUGAUUGGAUUAUGCAUGAAUAUCGGUUAAGUGACUCGCGAAAACAAAUCACCAGGCAAAAUGGAUCCAUGAGACUGGAUGAUUGGGUCCUGUGCAGAAUCUACAAAAAGAAGCACUCAGCUGUGAAAGUUUUGCAUCAAAACGUGGAAGAAUCUAAUACCCCAAUUGACAUGAUAGAGUACUCAAAUGAUGCUAGUGAAAGCCAACAAAUGUUGAAAUUCCCAAGGACAUGUUCACUGUCUCAUCUAUUGGAAUUGGAUAAUUACACGGGGCCAAUUUCCCAACUUUUGAGUGAAAAUCCAUACAAUUCAAGCUUUGAUUUCCCUAACACCAUAGGCAAUACCGGGAUUGAACAUGUCGAGAAACUUCAGCUAGGAGAAAUACCUUACCAAUACACUGAUUCAGGGAAGUUUCAAGUGAUGAAUCAGUGGGGGAUUCUAAACCAGCAACAACAUAUGAAUCCCAUAGUGUAUCAGUUUCAGUAAUAGAUGUGCAUUUGAUUGUUUUCAACUUAACCAAAA